GCCCGACACUGUCCGGGGCUGCCGCUGCUGGGCGGGGAGACCAGGAGCCCGAGGGGAGGCCGGAAAUUCUCGUCCGGGAGAAGGAAGAGAGAGCCUGUUGACUCUGAAUUUGCUUCAAAAUAGACGCCGUCUCUGUAGCCUGGGCUUAAGAAUCUUUCCGAGGAUACUUACCAGACCGUAAGGAGUGAUAACUACUGUCUAGGACCUGAAUUGGGAAAAAAAAGGACAGCAGAGAAAGAAUGCUUAGCAAAUGAUGCAUAAAUGGAUGGACGUGUACCUAGAAAACCCUGUGAGAAGUCUUUCAUUGGAUCCUGUGAAUUUUUAUUUUUGUGGAUUACAGUAAUUCUUGCAAUAAUCCCUGCUGUUGACUGCUCAUGCAGUUGUUCUGGCAUGCAUCUAUGAAUACCAUAACAGAUAAAUCUGGCUGACAAGGAAAACGCUAAUGUUGGAAGAUCUGUGAACAUGAUGCAUGUGAAUAAUUUCCCCUUUAGGAGGCAUUCAUGGAUAUGUUUCGAUGUAGACAAUGGUACAUCAUCGGGACGAAGUCCCUUGGAUCCCAUGACAAGCCCUGGAUCAGGGCUAAUUCUUCAGGCAAAUUUUGUCCACAGUCAACGUAGGGAGUCUUUCCUUUACCGGUCAGACAGUGACUAUGACUUGUCUCCAAAGUCCAUGUCCAGGAACUCUUCCAUUGCCAGUGAUAUACAUGGAGAUGACUUGAUUGUGACGCCGUUUGCUCAGGUGCUGGCCAGCCUGCGUACUGUACGGAAUAACUUUGCUGCAUUAACCAAUUUACAAGAUCGGGCACCCAGCAAACGAUCACCAAUGUGUAACCAACCAUCUAUUAACAAAGCAACUAUAACAGAGGAGGCCUAUCAAAAACUGGCUAGCGAGACCAUGGAGGAGCUGGACUGGUGCCUGGACCAGCUGGAGACCCUGCAGACCAGGCACUCCGUCAGCGAAAUGGCCUCGAACAAGUUUAAAAGAAUGCUCAACCGGGAGCUAACCCACCUAUCUGAAAUGAGCAGGUCAGGCAAUCAGGUCUCAGAAUAUAUAUCAAACACAUUCUUAGACAAACAACAUGAAGUUGAAAUCCCUUCUCCAACACAGAAAGAGAAAGAGAAAAAGAAAAGGCCGAUGUCCCAGAUCAGUGGAGUCAAAAAACUCAUGCACAGCUCUAGCCUAACUAAUUCCAGUAUUCCCAGAUUUGGAGUUAAAACAGACCAAGAAGAUGUCCUUGCCAAGGAACUAGAAGAUGUGAACAAGUGGGGCCUUCAGGUUUUCAGAGUAGCAGAGUUAUCUGGAAACAGACCUUUGACUGUCAUCAUGCACACUAUUUUUCAGGAACGAGACUUGUUAAAAACUUUUAAGAUUCCAGUAGAUACUUUAAUAACUUACUUGAUGACCCUUGAAGACCAUUACCAUGCAGAUGUGGCAUAUCACAAUAACAUACAUGCUGCAGAUGUUGUUCAGUCAACCCACGUGCUACUAUCAACCCCAGCGUUAGAGGCAGUGUUCACUGAUUUGGAAAUUCUUGCAGCAAUUUUUGCCAGUGCCAUACAUGAUGUAGAUCAUCCUGGGGUUUCAAACCAGUUUCUUAUCAACACAAAUUCUGAACUUGCCUUGAUGUACAAUGACUCAUCAGUACUGGAGAAUCAUCACUUAGCUGUGGGUUUCAAGCUGCUGCAAGAAGAAAAUUGUGACAUUUUCCAGAAUUUGACCAAAAAACAAAGGCAGUCAUUGAGGAAAAUGGUCAUUGAUAUUGUCCUUGCAACAGAUAUGUCUAAGCAUAUGAAUCUACUGGCUGAUCUAAAAACUAUGGUUGAAACUAAAAAAGUGACCAGUUCUGGUGUUCUACUUCUUGAUAACUAUUCAGACAGGAUUCAGGUUCUUCAGAAUAUGGUGCACUGUGCAGAUCUAAGCAAUCCAACCAAGCCGCUCCAUCUCUACCGCCAAUGGACAGACAGAAUAAUGGAGGAAUUUUUCCGUCAGGGAGAUCGGGAAAGAGAGAGGGGAAUGGAGAUAAGUCCCAUGUGUGAUAAGCACAAUGCAUCUGUAGAAAAAUCACAGGUGGGUUUUAUAGACUACAUUGUUCAUCCUUUGUGGGAGACGUGGGCAGAUCUUGUUCACCCAGAUGCCCAGGAUAUCCUAGAUACACUGGAGGACAAUCGAGAAUGGUACCAGAGCACAAUCCCUCGAAGUCCCUCUCCUGCACCUGAUGACCAGGAAGAGGGAAGGCAGGGUCAAACUGAAAAAUUUCAGUUUGAACUAACACUGGAGGAAGAUGGUGAGUCAGACACUGAAAAGGACAGUGGAAGUCAAGUAGAAGAAGACACCAGCUUCAGUGACUCCAAGACUCUUUGCACCCAGGAUUCAGAAUCCACUGAAAUUCCUCUUGAUGAGCAAGUAGGAGAAGAAGUAGAAGAGGAGGAGAACCAAACAGAACCCUGUGUGGUCGAAGAUCAUUCUCCUGACACGUAACAAAGAAAAUGCAGUCUCUUUCUCUCUUAUACUCUCUCCCUUUCUUUUCCUCUUUCUCUCUGAGUUUUUUUGUUUUGUUUUGGAUAUUUUUUUUUUUUAAUGUAGGUAAUGGUUUCCAAAGUAUAUGUCAUAUACUACAACCAUGGUCACAACUUGCUGUCAUCUGCCAGGACAAUUGUUGAUCAAAACUGACAUUGAUGACUCAGUUUGGCACUCAGGAAUAUCGUAACCAGAAUUUUAACCUCAAUGGCAUCAGAAAGCAGGGGGAGAACAUCCAUAAACUACAUUUUAAUAAGCUCUGCAUUUGGCAGAUUCACUUAAAUAAAGUAAAUAUUUUCAGAGGAGUACCACCUGCCAACCAAAUGCUGGUGUGCUUUGAUAGUUUUUGAAUUCAUUGUAUUUUGCAAGCAAAGCAUUGCAUAAUGUUCAUCUUGAGAGGAAACAGACAGAAAACAAAUUGAGGUUCCUACUGGAAAACAAAUUCAUGUAAAUGAUGAGACACAACAUGAUUGUUACCAACAGGAAGAUGAGCUGUGAAAAUUGCAUAAUUUUCUGAUUUCAAGUCUUCCUGAGACGACUGAAAAAAGUGUGACCCAGUGGGUUGCACUAACCUCUCCAUUUUGUAUAAUAUGUGAGAGAUCUUUUGUAGAGCUUACUUUUAUUAAGUGUACCAAGGUAUUAUAUUAAAAAAACAAACCACUUUCGUCUGCCAAUGGUUAUUUUUUUUCCAAAGAGGAACUUGCAAGUUUUCAAUACAGAUCUGUGCUACACUGGAUAAUACUUCUAGGGGUUUUUUUUGCUUGGGGUUUUUUGUUUGUUUGUUUGUUGUUUGGUUUUGUGGUUUUUGUUUGUUUGGGGUUUUGUUUGGUUGGUUUUUUGUUCCUUUUUUUGUUUUGUUUUGGGUUUUUUUGUUUGGCUGGUUGAUUUGGUUUUGUUGGUUUUUUUACCUUAGAAUCUUGUGGUAUUAUUGAGUUGUAAAAGUCUAUUUUAUAUACUAGUGAGUUCCAGGAAUAUCCUUUGUGUUACAUUUUUUUGUAUAAUAGCUUUUUUUUGUUUGUUUAUUUGUUUUUCAUCACAAUUUUCCCAAAUGUAUUAGUGGACUUACAUAGUGCUCUUGCCCUCAUAGUGGCCUGAUCCUGCCAGUUCUUCUUACCACAAGAAGUGGUCCUGUUGAUACCAACUACAGCCACCAACGUUAAGAUUUACAGAACCUGAGCCUGUAAAAAGAGUAAUGAAUUGUCAUCAGUACAAAAGCAGCUCUCUUGCUAUACUGAUAAAUUUUUUCCCCUGAAACAUGGGGUUUCAGACUAUUUUUAGCUGGGAAAGACAGACUGCUAAAUCAGAACAGGCUAUUACAAUGUAUGGAAUAUUUGUUCUGGUGAAAAAAGCAUUAGUGUAAUAUUUCAAAUUUUGACUUAGCAACUUUUAAUCUGGGUAGCUAUCUAGUUAAAUCAUUUGCUAAUCUGAGACGUGUAAACAUAAAAAUAAUAAUUAGUAUUAUUUUGUCAUGUCUUUGUUGCAAAAAGAGCCAUGCCAGUCUUGUCUUUUUAUGUUUUAAGUAAAUGAGCAAUGCAUCAUCAGAGUUGUAGUUUAUGCCAUAUUAUUUCAAUCUUAAAUAUUUUCAACCUUUAUCCAGCUUGUGCUAAGGGAAUCCUGCCUUUCAGUUUGAUUGGUACUAAAAGCUUUCAUAACUUGGAAAGCUAAAGGGAGGUAGGAGUUUGUAUUUGUCGUUUUCCAGUCCUGUUGUUUCUUCACAUAAAAGAAAAGAAAAUUUAUUUCCUACACUUUACUCUUGGUUAAAAUUGUAGUUUUGAGUGUAGAAGAUGGGAAAUAGUUGCACAGGAAGGCGAGCAAACUCCAACACUGUAAAAUUCUGUUGAAAUGACACUAUCAAGAUAAUCUCUUAACAAAAGAUGAUAGCAACAGCCGUUAUUUUCCCUUUGGAUUCAUUUUGUAGCAAAUUUGCAGAUAUGAAUACAGGGGGUUUAAGGUGUCAGAGAUCUAGAAUAAAAGCCUCUUUCAAAAUACUAAUAAUUCAGCUGUUAAAUGCAUUUUGCAUUCUUCUAUGUCCAGGUCGUAGUUUUCUCUACCAUUAGCCCUCACCUCACAGGGCCUUAGCACAGAAGAUGCUGAAGGAGGAAAAAGAAUGAAGAUAAUUCAUGGGGCUUCUUUCAUGCUUUGGCUUUUUUUUUUUUUAAUCUUUUUUCUUUGUUAUUUCUUCCUGAACCUGAUCCAUCUAAAACUCCUUUCAGUCCCCUAGAGUGCCUGGAACCUCAGUAAUGCAAAAGCAAUAUAAAUUCCAGAAUAACCCGUAGGACCUGGAAGGUUUUGUAACUGCACUAAUUGAAAGUAAAUAGACAUAAGACCAUAUUGUGAAAUAUACACCUAUACAUGUGGACAAUCAAAUCAUAGAAAAUGAUAUAAUUUCUUAGAGUUGGGGAUAUAAUGCACUGUACAAUCUUUUUUUUUCUCUUUUGCCAAAGUGUGUUUUAGCAUUGUACACUGCUUUAAAACAAUACAAUUUAUGAGUGGCUUUAUGUGUUGUGAAUAUUUUGCCAUAAGAAAAUGCUGUGGGCGAGUAAUGAGUAGGAGGAAAAAAGAAAAAUCACCUUGUUUAUAACAGUACACUUUAGCUUGCAAGUUGCUGUACUCAGUAAUGCUGUAUUUAAAUUCUUAAAUUGUUUUGUGUCAUUAAAAAUGAUAAUGAAAGAAUAUCAAUAGAACAAAUAGCAUUCAGAAGUUUAAAAAACUUGAAUGAGAUAGAUUUUAUAGAAAGCUUUGACAGUUCUUUCAAAUGCAUUAUUUAUUUUCUGUGCCAUGCAUUUUUCUCACCAAAUGACCUUACCUGUAAUACAGUCUUGUUUGUCUCUGUUUACAACCAUGUAUUUAUUGUAAUGUACAUACUGUAAUGUUAAUUGUAAAUUAUCAGUUCUUAUUAUAACAUCAUCCGUGUCAGGGUGGUGUUGCUGUAUUUGGAAACUCUUGGUGAGAGAAUGAUUAUUGUGUAUACAUAUUCCUUGUACAUUUUUUUUCUCCUGUAAUAUAUUCAAUGUCACCAUAGAGCUCAUUUAUGGAAGAUUCACGAAAAGUAUAAAAUACGUAAAGAUAUAUAAAUUUAAAAAGCUUCAGGUCUUUGGUCCCAGGGCUGUGCCUUAACUUUAAACAAUAUUUUCUUGUUUUGCUGCAUUUGAAAGUAAGGUAGCCUUGGGGCUAGGGCUGGGCAUUUCUACCAUAUUUUUAGUUGCUAACUGAUGGGGGAUACUCUUAUGAGCUAACAUAUGUGAUACUACAAUAAACGUUCAUUCUUGACCCUGCUGGAAGUUCGAGCUUUUCCAGACUUCUGGUAAUGUAAUUGUAUUGUCUCUCUUAUUAUCUUUUUGCAGCCUGUCAUUGGGGAUUAUUGCAGACGUUUUUUGUUCCUAAAAAAAUAAAUGAUGCUGCAUUUCAGUACUAGGUUGCACUGAAACAGCUUUGGAAAGCAUCUCUGAUAAGCAUUUGAUUUCAACACAUAUUGAGAAAUGGAAUAAUGAGAAUUAAAAGGGUAUAACUCAUACACUUUUACAAUUGUCUGUAAUGUCUCUUCUUUAGUAGCACAAAUUAUCACUGUAUAAGCAGAGUCCAUAAAGUAGCACAAAAGACAGUUUCAGUCUUGGAAAUGCUUUCCAACACCAAUAUUAGUGUUACUAGUAGCCAAAGUUUUAUUUUAUAUAGGUGUAGCUAAGGCUUUGUACAGGUGUGUAUAGCAUAAUGCACUAGCUCUGCAGAAGAGCGGUAAACAGUUAGAUGUUUUAAUAACACUACUAUUAGAUUUGCAGGUUGGACUGAGCAUCUCUUGCUGUUUGACUUGUCACAUUGCUCCAGGCUAUUUAGAGCUGGUAUCACUGAAUUUGCCAGAGUAAGGUAAAUACCUCUCCUCCAUUCCAGUGAUGCCCAGCCCUCAUAACUUGUGACUUCUUCAUGAAAGGAGAGAUUCCUUUUCAAGGAAAAACAGAAUCUCCUUUUUGACACAAACUGUAGAUUUUAGCAGCCCUGGCCCAAAGGAAAUCGGAUGCUUUUGUUUUAUAUGGUAUAAAAGGGACACUAUAACAACAGAAAUCUUGAACAAUUUGUUGUUACUGUUUUAAUUCAAUAUUUUCUUUGGGGAUGUCUUGAGAGUGGCAACUUGUGUGAACAUUGCACAUGGCUAUUCUUUCACUGGUUUCUUAGCCUCUCUUUACAGCCUAUGGGAUAGUACUGUACAUCGAUACCUUCAUAUGAAAUUUUAUAUGCAAUGGAAAUAAAAGCAUGUGUUGAUUCUGCCUA